CAUGAUCCUGUUACGACAGCUUUGCGUUUUAAUUUUAAUGUUUUCAUUCGUUUAUGCCAAACUGAAUGAUGGCGAAUCUGAGUUGACCGAAAGUUUAACCAAAAAUACAAUUCUGUCAUCAACAUUAAUACCGAAUCCUAAUGAAGAUAUGGAGGGCAACCACCUAAGCCGAAAGAAAAGGGACCCAUGCGGGGGUGGCGGAUGUGGAUGUGGUGGAGGCGGCGGGAAAGUAAUCGUGAUAGCUCAAGUUUCUAAGAAACGGAGUGGAGGUUUUAGAAGAAGUCAUGGAAAAGGAUAUGGAAAAUUCAAGGGAUAGCCGUCAACAAGGACAAACAAUAAGACAACCGAAAAAAUAAAUGUUUAAAAGUCUGCCUAUUACUUUAUUCAAUUAAUUAGUGAUAUUCUACACAACUUUUGUUGCACACUGCAACGUCAGGUACAUAAUUUUCGUUGUACCUAAUUUUACAUCUCCCUAAGUCUUAUAAAUAUGUUACGAAAAGAGGUAGAACGUUGUCAGAAAAAUCAUACAUUAUACAAUUGGCAAAACUUAAUUACACACCAGAAUACCAUUAAAUAAUAAUAAUAGUUUCAAACAAGAGGCGAAACGCAAAUGAUAAUUAGAAAAUGUUUCAUUUUUCAAAAAUUUAAAAGAAGGUAAAAACUGUAGGUAAUUGAAACUAGUGAUGAAUAAAGUAAGAUAAAGACAAAGACUAUCCCAGUCUUCGUCUUGGUCUUACUGAUACAGUCUCGUACUUGGUCUCGGUCUUGCAUGUUAAGUCUUGGUCCGAUACUUAUGUUUUUUAAUAAUUCUUCUAAGCGCAAACACUCCGUGGGAAUUCUUGUAGUUCCAUCCUUUCACACAGUGUUAAAGUUUCUUUUUUUAUAUUUAGUGUUAAAAUGUAGCAAAACAAACUGAAAAUUUCAAAUAUUAAAAAUGAUUUGUUCCAAAAAAUAAUAUAUUUAUGUUGCUUCAAAUACUUAGUUUAACUCAUAAAUCCACCGCAACUAAUAAUUUUUCGUUUAGUCUUGCGUACUUAGUCUUUGUCUUACAUAUACGGUCCUGAUUUUAGUCUUGUUCUUGUAUGUUCGGUCUUAGUUUAAGUCUUAGUCUUGUUCGUUCGAUUAUGGUCUUGCAAGAUCAAGAUCAAUUUUGCUCAUCACUAGGUCAAACGUUAAUGAAAGAAAACAGUAAAAGUAAAACAUACACGAUGCUGCGAUUGUUAUCUAAGAUAUAAAUAACAAAAUAUGGUAAAAGGAAUGCCUCGCAACAAAAUAAAAUUUCUUAAAGAAAACUCAUUAUAAAUAAAAACACGCCAAAACAAAAAUGGUGUCAUAAUUUAAAACGAUAAAAUAAGUUAUAGCAUCUAUAAUUCUUCUUGAUCUUCAAUUUUUACACAAAUGUCUAACUUUUUGAACUUAAAGCGUCAAAUCACUGAUACUUUUAUCAGUUUAAUUUUUCAUGUUGUUGUUCGCUUCCAUCAAUAAUAAUAAAAAUCUUACCGUAGAUACCCCGUAAAAAACUUGUAUAAAAUAUAUACCUUUCGUCAGUAUAAUUACUAAGAACACUUUAUAAAUAACUGGUUGCUUACAAUUACUGCUUAUCUAAACUUAAAUUCACUGGAUUUUGUCCCUGACUUAUUUAAAUUUGUACAAUUCUGUUUCAAAGACAACUACAACAAACGUCAAAAAAAUACUUAAUCAUACGAUGGUUAUUAAUCAUAUUAUUUAUUAAUAAGAAGGGAACGUUAGCGUAUUAAAUAAACCCUUUACAUUUUUCGUUGAUUUCCACUAUAAAUGACAUUCAUGUCUACCUUUUAAAGGUCAAUCAUAAUAAAAAAAGUAAUUAAUUCUUGCUUGUAAAAAGCUUAUGUACCAUUGGUGCCCUCCUGCUUUCUGUCCCUUCUCACCGUGAAAGUGCUUAAAUAAUACGUAAACAUUCUGUAUGUGCCGUUAUUUUUUUUUUUAAUAACAUUGCACUGGCAUUUUUAGUUUGCCAACAGUAUUUCAAACAAUUUAAUUGUAUUUUUAUUAUAUUAUUAACUGCUUAUCGUACAAGAAACAGCAUCCUCUAAACUGUUCUCUGUACUUCAAAACACUGUUGACAAUG